AUGAACCAAAUGCAGAGCACGUUGAUGCCAUUUCUGUAUCCUUGCUUCUUCCAGGGCGCCUCAUCCUCCGUUCGAAUUCACCGACAUCGAAUCCCAUCACGGCUGCGAAGACAUCUACUUCAUACCACACCGCGCCAGAACCAGCCAUCGCUCGCCGCCAUCAAUGCAGCUCGUCGUGCCGCAGCCCACGAGCCACCGCCUCCCGUCACCAGUACUCACCUGAACCCUUCACCGGAUGACUACUCCCGCAAUGUCUUUGUCGACAAAUGUUCCCUGACUGUGCACGCCGGAUCGGGAGGCAAUGGCUGCGUGUCAUUCCUUCGCGACGCACACAUCUCCGACGGCCCUCCUAAUGGCGGCGACGGAGGCUCGGGAGGAAACAUCUGGAUCCAAGCCGUCGCGGGACAAACAAGCCUCCACAAACUGGCGAGACGAGGCAUCGUCAAAGCAGGCAGAGGAAUAGGGGGUCAGGGCAAGAGUCAAGGAGGCCGCAAGGGAGAGGACAUCUGCGUCCAGGUGCCUGUAGGCACUGUGGUCCGCGAGGUCUGGCGCAGCGACCCCCUCGCCGACGAAGAAGCACGCAUCAAAGAACUCCGGGCCAUGAGCGACGAAGACCCGUACAGCCAACCCGACCACGGCCUCCGCAACAAAUGGAUCCUCUACGCCGGCGUGUCCAACGUGGACGCAAAGCACGUCGUCGCUCACCUCCCACCUCCUCCGAAGUCAAGACGCUCACACCUUGCCGUCCUCGCCCCUCCGGCGCCUAUAAAGCUGGACCUCGACAAGCCCAUGGAAAAGCCCAUUCUCCUGGCCGCGGGUGGCGUCGGUGGCCUGGGCAACCCCCAUUUCAUGACCAAGGACGACCCCAAACCGAAAUUUGCAACCAAAGGUGAACUCGGCAUUCGUCUCAAACUCGAGCUCGAGCUCAAACUUCUCGCGGACGUCGGGCUGGUCGGGCUCCCCAACGCCGGCAAGUCGACGCUGACGCGGGCCAUCAGCAACUCACGCACACGCAUUGGAGACUGGGCCUUCACCACCCUUGCUCCCACCAUCGGCACCGUCGUGCUGGACAACAACGAAGGCCGUCCUCUGGUCCGCUCGGGCAUCCAGGGGGAAGCGCCACGCGUGAACUUCACCGUCGCCGACAUCCCAGGGCUGAUUGAGGACGCGCAUCUCGACAAAGGCCUCGGUCUCGAGUUCCUGCGCCACGUCGAGCGCGCCAGGGUCCUCGCGUUCGUCGUUGACCUGUCUGCCGGCGACGCUGUGGUCGCGCUCAAGAACCUCUGGAAGGAAGUCGGCGAGUACGAGGCCCUCCGGAACCGCGAACUCAACGAGCAAACCGAGAAUAGACUUGUCAACUGGUCGCCGUUUGAGCCUCUCUCGUCGUCGUCACCGACCCCCUCACCUGGCGACGACGAAGAACCUCUGUACGACGAAGCAGGCGAAGCCAUCUCGAUAUUCCCACCGCAGUCGACGAGCACGACCCUCGAGCCGCUGAGGUUGCCACCAAUCAGCGCAAAGCCGUGGUUCGUCAUCGCGACAAAGGCAGACAAGGACGCCCGCGUCACACAGGACGAAUUCGCCAAGCUGGCUGCGUACGUGCGCCAGGUCGAAGCUCGUCAGGUCGACCAUCCCAGCGGCAACGAGAACGGGUGGAGAAACCGUGUCGCCGCCAUACCGGUAUCAGCCAUAAAUCGCCAAGGUAUGGACAAGGUGAUACGGUAUACGGCCGGUGUGCUUGAUAGUUUGAAAGUUGCGUAUUAA